UGGCCUGCGGCAGGAGGCGCGAAGCCGCCACGUGUGCGCUGGGUCCCGGUGCCCGACCCCGCGCCAUGAAGUGCAUCAUCGUCGGUGGCAACGUUAAAGUCCUCAGCCGAGCUGUGCUCUCCCUGUCCCGUAUCGGCGAUGAGCUCUACCUGGAGCCCACUGAGAACGGGCUGUCCCUGCGCUCCAUCAACUCCUCCCGCUCCGCCUUCGCCUCCUUCCUCUUCGCCCCCAUCUUCUUCCAGCGCUACGAGGCCGGCGGCCCCGAGCCCGACACCGAGCUCUUCCGCUGCAAAGUGCUCAUGAAGUCCUUCCUGGGUGUCUUCCGCUCGCUGCCCUCACUGGAGAAGACAGUGGAGAAAUGCCUGAUCCUGCUCAAACCCCAGCUCAGCCGCUUGGUGGUGCAGCUCCAGUGCAAGUACGGCGUCACCAAGACCCACAACCUGACCUUCCAGGAGUGCGAGCGCCUUCAGGCUGUCUUUGACACCCAGCGAUGCGCCAGCAGCCUCCGCGCCCCAGCGCAGCUGUUGGUAGAGGCUGUGGUCCACUUCCCCUUGACGCUGGCCGAGGUGACGCUGAGGGUUGAUGCUGGGGGUAAGAUCACGCUCCAGAACUACGUGGAGGAUGAGGCAGAGCCCAGCAAGACGAUGGUGACGGAGCUGUGCUUGGCCAAGGAGGAGUUCGAGGCAGUGGCUGCAGUCCCGGAUUCCCACAUCACUUUCUGCCUCCGGGAAUUCCGGGGGCUGUUGAGCUUCGCAGAGGCCUCCAACCUGCCCCUCAGUAUCUACUAUGAUGCACCCGGCAGGCCGGUGGUCUUCACACUGGAUGACACCAUGCUGGAGGUCAACCUGGUGCUGGCCACCCUUUCGGACCCACAAAACACCCCCCAGCACCCCACAUCCAACGGCGUGCCCCACGUCCCCGUCCCCUCGGAUGACUUCACUGACGACCUGGAGGCCUACAUGAUCACAAUGGAAACCAGCACAAGGGACCCCCAAAACCCCACGUUCCCCCUGAGCACCCCAAAUCCCCCCCCCAGCGAUGAGGAGGAGGAUGAUGAGGACGGUGGCGCCGUACCAGGGACCCCCCCCAACAAGAAGUUUCGCUCCUUGUUUUUUGGCUCGGUGCUGACCCCGGGGGGCCCCAACCCGGCCCCAACACAGGAGGUGCUGGCAGAGGACAGCGAUGGCGAGUGCUGAGCACCCCAAAAUGCUCCCCCCCACACACAAACAGA